AUGGUCUUCUUUGAGACGCUUGUGCUGGUGCAUGGAAGGUCUGCUGCGAAGGAGACGAAGCUCCUGAUGAAGGAAGCUUCUCGAGUCAUCGUGGAACGGGACGGAGCUCUCUUCAGGAUCUUAGACCUCGGCUGGCGACAUACUGCUCGGCCGCUCUACAAGAAGGGUGUUGGCCACAUCUUCUACGGCCGUUGGUACUCCCUCAUCUGGGGUGGAAGCCCAAAGCUGCAGCGCGAAGUGGAAGACACGUUUCUGCACAACACUGGAGUUGUCAGGCAACUGACAGUGCGAAUAGAGCGACCAGAAGACAUGUAUGUCCCGCGAAGCACCUACUACCCAUUGAUGAAGCCACUGACUCCACCCUUGACUCACCAUGUGCCCAUGCCUGAUGUUGGGUCAAAGUGA